AAGUGGUUUCCUCUGCUGGCGAGUGUUACUUUUGCUAGUGUUGUUAUUGUGAUCGUGCGGGUCCACCAUGGAGGAGCUGAGCGCCGUCGGCGAGCAGGUUUUCGACGCUGAAUGCAUCCUCAACAAAAGACUGCGAAAGGGAAAGUUGGAGUUUUUGGUCAAGUGGAGAGGGUGGUCGUCCAAACACAACAGCUGGGAGCCCCAAGAGAACAUUCUUGAUCCCAGACUUCUGGCGGCCUUCAACAAGAAGGAACAAGAGAAGGAGCUUCUGAUACGGAAACGCGGUAAAAGGCCGAGAGGACGUCCACGUAAAAUACCAGAAACUGUUCUCGAGACUGCAAAGUCCAACAGCUCUUCUUCCGGAACCUCCUCUUCAUCGUCCGAUUCCUCGUCUUCGUGUUCCUCCUCGUCCUCGUCCUCCUCGGAAGACGAGGACGAGGAGCAACAGGCGGGCCCCGGAGUCCAAAUGCGAGACCUCCACCCCAACCCCGUCCCCCAGAAGAAAGCGCAGAUUGUGGUGGCCAAGCAGGAGCCGCCGAAAAAACGCGGUCGCAAGUCUCUGAGCAAAGGCCUUCGGAAAAGCCUCAGGAAGGAUUCCGAUCUUCCGGGUGCCAUCAAGAAACCGGUUCACCUGGCCAGCUUCGCCUUCAUGGGUUUCCAUCGGGGCUCUGCGGGAUGUCCCAACCGCAGUCCCCCAACCCACGGGGGAACUUCCAGAAACUCCUUGAGCACAAUAGGAUCCGCCAGAUCAAUGCCCCCAUCCCCCGUCCCGCUGAUGAAAUCCAGCCCGGGCAGGAAUGUCACAGAUGGGAAACUGCCCACCCCCAGACCGGAUUCGUUCAAACCGAGAGGCAUGGAGACUUUCACCUCCAACGCAACCAAACAGCACCUCCCAGGAUCCCCCCAGCGCACCACAAACUCCCCCAGUGUACAAAAGGCUCAUGUCCUGCAGAGAAUAACAAACGCGAAAGCCAUGGCGGCCCAAGCGGCAAAGAACAUCACGACAAAUCAGCCUCUCAACCUUCACAACAAAGUCACGCAAGGCAACAAAUCGUCUGGUUCUGGUCCCGGUUCAGCUUUGAGAAACAAAACCAACCAAAACCAGGAGUACAAAACCCCCCAGAGUCCCGCUUCCCCGGGAGGAACCCGGAAGUCUGCCGCAGGCAAAGACUUGACGGAGAUCCAGACCUACAGGGGGAAGCCGGAGAAAGGCGAGGUCCAUAAAUCCGAGAACCACCUGGAAAGAGCAGCUUGUAAAGACGGCAAGAUGAGCACAGGCGAGGACGAGAGCAGCUCCGAUUCAGACCGGGACUCGUCAGAUGCCGGCCGGGAGCCCUUGGCGGUGGUCCACAACCAAGACUGGAAGCCCACCCGGAGCCUGAUAGAACACGUGUUUGUCACGGACGUCACCGCCAACCUGGUCACCGUCACGGUGAAGGAGUCACCCACAAGCGUUGGAUUCUUCAGCAUCCGGAACUACUGACUGGACCUCACAAACUUCACCUGACCAUUGCAUCAGGGACCCUCAUUGAUUGUUGUAAUUUAUUUCCUUUUUCUUUGAUACUACGAUACCUUAAGUGUGUUUUAAUCUGCCUUCACUGUAGUUCAAUUAAAAAUCUGAGGACCGAGGGUGUAGAUAGCCCAACAGGACAACCACAGAUAGUUGCCAGGUGAAUUUUGCUGCAUUUUUUGGGGGGAAAUAUCUCAGUCGGAAUUUACAGGGUCCCGCCUCAAAAUGUUCCAGUCAAAGUUUUGGGAUCUGACCGUCGGCUGUUGACGAAGAGACCAUGACACUCAACUGCAUUUUAAUCUCAAGUCACAGGAGUCCAGACCAGACCAAAAUGAAACUAUUAAGGAUAUAGAAAGUAGAACAACAAUCCGAAGCUUCGUUUGAGACCACCAGGAAAUCGUAAAUAUCUCUCCAAGUUUACAAGCGUCCGACCUAAAAAGUUUCCAGUCCAACGUCGAUCAAAGAAAACAAUUCAACCAUCUGUGGUUUUAGCAAUCCACAAUAGGACGCACCAAAUAUUUUGGGGGGACCAAUCAUGUGAACUGCUUUCAGCACUCAAGACCAAUGGGGAGGUUGGAAAUAUUUCACCGGGGAGCUUCUACAUUCCAAGAUUUCAACUUCCCUCAUGUCUUCCCUUAUGUCUACAUCCAUCAAAGCUCUCUGGUCUUCCUCAAGCUCUCUUGCUUGGCAGGCACUAAAGUGAUAAAUGAUCACCAAUAACUCGUUUUACAGUGCACCCUUAAGAAGCUGUGAACGAAGGCAAGCGCUGUGAAUAUUUUCCGGAUGCACUGUUUGUGGUCUUUUUUGCUCCGAUUUUGGCACGUAGGAACGUCUUGGCCAUGCACUUUUUUCCCGUCGCAAAUUUCCCGCUUCUUUGUUUUUCGUCGCUUUCAAUCGAUAGUUGACACACUCAUCCUUGGAACUGUUUAGUAAUACGUCAUCUAGAGUGUAUUUUUAUAUGAGCUACCUCUGUUUUAUUUGGCUACUUUUUGCUUGCAUGUAAAUCCUCGUCUGCAAGUCUUAUUGCCAUUUCUCCAAAUAGGGUUGACAAAAUUCCAAACAUUUUCAAAGGUGGAACCUUUCAUGGAAGUCAUGGGAAGAAAAGGGAACAGACCAGGAAUUUACUAGAUAGGCAACUGUCAGUUUCGCAGGGCAAGGUGACGCAUGCUGAGAGACAGACGGAGUGUCUAAUCCUUUCUCAGAUAACACUUUUUCUACAUAUUCAGCAGAAAUUGUGUUCGGCAGGUCCCCAUGGGGGCAAGCGGUUGCACAAUAAAGCACCAGAUGUCUCUUGAG